UGGGAAGAGCAGUUGCAUUCAGAUCAGUUCUCUGACAGUCUUACCGUAACAGGAAGUUUAUGUGCGACCCUCGAAAUAGCGUGGCGGCUAGAUUGACCGUGCUUUUCGACUUGGCGGCUGGCCUGACCGCAGUGUGCUAGCAUUGUGUUGGAGCAGCCAUGAAUGCAGCUUUGAAAGAACUGCGCAACCUGCCCGCCCCCGCCAAAAUCAACCUGUUUUUGCACAUCACAGGUCGCCGCGCCGAUGGUUAUCACUUGAUUGAAUCGGUCUUUCAGCUCAUUGACUGGCAAGACACUGUCCAUCUCAGCUUGCGUGAAGACGGACAGAUCUCUCGCGAAGAUCUAGUUUCUUGCACAGGAGCAGAACUCCCCCCAGACGACCUCUGCAUUCGAGCCGCCCGAGCCCUGCAACAAACCACGGGUUGCACCUUAGGCGCACACAUCCAACUUGAAAAGCGCAUCCCUGCUCAAGCGGGCAUGGGCGGCGGCUCAUCCGAUGCGGCGACUUGUCUUUUAGGCCUUAAUCGCCUAUGGAAUCUUAAUCAGCCGCUCUCAACAUUAGAGCAAAUUGGCCUCUUUCUAGGCGCUGAUGUACCCUUCUUUCUGCGCGGCAGGAACGCCUGGGUCAGCGGCAUCGGUGAGCAGAUCGAGCCCCUCAACGAUGGCAUCCUGCCUACCAGUCAGGCAUUGGUCAUCAUCAAGCCAAAAAACGGCUUAUCGACAGCAGCGAUUUUUGGUCACGAAGCCUUGAAGCGCGAUACGCCACAUGCUAUACUCGCGGUCUUUGCUGAGAAUCCUUACGGCUUUGGCCGCAAUGAUCUCCAGACUGUUGCCGAGCUGAUCGAGCCGCAAUUGUGUCAAGCUCUUGCGGUUUUAGAGAAGCAGGGCUUAAAGCCGCGCAUGACAGGCUCUGGCAGCGCGGUGUUUGCGCGAUGUCCGGCUGAUUUCCAGCUCGACGCAAGCUCAAACCCGCUGGGCUGGCAGCAAAAGGUUUGCAAGACACUCGCUGAGCAUCCAUUGGUUGGCUGGGCCGUUUAGCAAACACUGCAUGUUUUCGGGCGCUGCAUUCGUGCAGUGUCCAGUGCAGAAUCGCCAAGUUGGUUAAGGCAUCGGAUUUUGAUUCCGACAUACGAGGGUUCGAAUCCUUCUUCCCCUGCCAAAUGUCUUUUCGCUGUCGUCAAUUCUGAUCUACCAACCACACAGCAAGCGGCCACCAGCAUCAUGACCUCGCAUGCCUCAGUUUGUCUGGGUGACGGACGGUACCACGUCACGAAUCACGUGGUCAAACCCAUGUCUAAAGCAGAAACGAGAAAAGGGAAAGGAACUUUGACAACUUUCUUAUAUUUGUCUGGGGACUAGACAAGAGCACGAUGAGCGCGUUUCGGUUAGAUCUCAGCCCUCUGAAAGAGCCUCUGGGAUUUAUACGUGUACUGGAAUGGAUAUUUGCUAUUUUUGCUUUUGCUACAACUGGGGGUUAUUCUGGCUCUACCAGUUUCAACAUCCAGUGCAAGGACAAUGCCAGCAAAGAAAUAGAUGUAUCCUUCAGCUAUCCUUUUAGGCUCAAUACCCAGAGUUACAGUGUGCCAGACUGCAAAGUCAACACAACAAUGUUUAAACUCAAACAAUUGACUGGAGAUUAUUCAUCUUCCGCUGAGUUCUUUGUAGCUAUUGGAGUUCUGGCUUUCCUGUACAGCACAGCUACUCUUGUGUUGUAUCUGGGUUACCAGCACAUCUACCGUGAAUCUCCUCGCGGCCCCAACAUUGAUCUACUGUUAACUGGGAUCUUCGCUUUUCUCUGGCUGGUGUGUUCAUCUGCAUGGGGAAAAGGCCUCACGGAUGUGAAAAUUUCAACCAGUCCGAAUACGCUUGUGUACAUAACUGAAGUGUGUAAACAAACAGGAAACAAGUGCACUGCUGGGCACAUCCCCUCAAUGGGCCGCCUCAAUUCCUCAGUGAUCUUUGGAUUCCUCAACCUUAUCCUGUGGGGAGGAAACUGCUGGUUCCUUUACAAGGAGACGCCAUUACACAAGUCAGCCAAUCAGCAAGCGGGAGCAGGACAGCCAUAAUUAAACGGGUCACAUCCACAUUCAUCAAGCAGGUGUUGUUGCAGUACUAAAGUGCUACAUAGCACCCGGUUGACUGAUGUUAUGGAUCUACCUGUCUUGACCUGUGUCACAAAUCCACCAAAGGUUCUUGCCUAUAGAGUAUCUCCAUUAUAUUCAAAUAUGGUCCAAUUUAGAUGUGCAUUUUACACACUACAGCAAAGCUGUAUACUUAGGGAAGGUACAAGAACACCUUAGCAAAUAAACUUUGUAUGAAGUAAACUGCAUCAUUAAAAUGUCAUAUUUCAUAUCUUUACUGUUACUGUCAUGUUUUUGAUGUCAUUUGAACUUGUUACAUAAACAAAAUGUACAGAAUGUUUUUGAUUCCUGUUCACUGAAAUAUAUUUUGAAUUCAGUGUAUAACUUGAAUUUGCUGUUCUGAUGCUCCCUUUUUAUAACCGUUGAGGCUGUGCAGUACAAGAUGCUGUUGUGUUUAGUUAGUUUUGGCCUUAUAAAACAGCAUCUCGGCUUACUUUUCAAUGUGCUUCUUGUGGUUGAAAUGGCCUUUUAUUAAAUGAAAUGUGUGCCUUAUAACUUAGUUAGCCUAUAUUUAAGAAACGUUUACAUAUACCAGGCACGACUGUUGCUAAAAAUGAAUUGAAUGUUUUUUUUGUGUUUAACAAAG